UGAAUAACAAAACAAAAUUUGGUUUGAUAAGAAACCCUAAUGUCAGCAGUCAAAACAAAGAGAAUAUGGCGCACUACAGCAGAAUCGAGGACACCGUUCCGGGGAAACCGAUGGCCAUGACUGCCAACUGGAUCAGCGACCAGCGAAGCGGAUACAAAGCGUCACAAAACAGAUUUCCGCGAACUUUGAUCUGUUUCAGCGCCCUGCUCUCGUUAGUUAUGUUUAUUGCCAUCGCAGUGGUGGUGUGCAUGCAGCUGAAGCAGGGAAGCGUGAGCUGGGAAGAAGCAGAGGAGCCUAGUGCAACGCCCCAUCGAUUGGUUUGCUAUUACUCAACCUUGGAUGCAGACGUGGAUGCGGAUGCCCUGAGCUUGCUAGACGUGCCUGGGGACCUGUGCACGCACAUCAAUAUCGGAAUAGCCAGCCUGGACAAUGCCACGCUGUGGCUGGGCCCACGACUGCGGCAGGUGCUGCAGAACGAGACGUUGGCCUUCCGGGCGGCCCAUCCACAGGUGAAGCUGCUCCUAUGGAUUGGCGGCGCCGACAGCGGCACCCAGUUUGCCCGCAUGGUGGCGAACCAUGCGAUGCGCAAGAAGUUUCUGCGUUCCCUUAAGGCCCUGCUGCGGCUGUACCCCGCCCUGGAUGGCAUCGAUCUCGACUGGGAGUUUCCCAGUGCCUACGACAAGGAUCGGCAGCAUCUCUCCCAGCUGCUAUACGAAAUUCGGCAGGAGUGGCGACGUGAGCGCCGCCCCAACGCCCUCCUCUCACUGGCCGUGGCUGCCCCUGAGGGCAUUGCCUUCUACGCCUACGACACGCGUGAGAUCAAUCUCUACGCGGACUAUGUUAACCUGAUGGCCUACGACUUUCACUUCUAUCGCAAGGACACGCCCUUCACCGGCCUCAACGCCCCCCUCUAUGCCCACGCCACCGAUAUGUCGAUCAUGGCCACGUUCAACAUCAACUACACAGUUCACUGGUGGCUGCAGAACGGCUUGGAGCCGCACCGUCUGGUCGUCGGGCUGCCGACCUAUGGCCACUCCUUCACUUUGGUCAGUCCGUUGAAUCAUCGGAUUGGGGCACCCGCCUCGGGCUAUGGACAGUGCGGCCAGUACGGCUAUACAACGCUCUCGCAGACGUGCGAAUGUGCCGCCAGAUACCUGAAGCCGAUCUACUCCUACGACACGGAGACGUGCUCGCCGUAUUUGAGCGGCCUGCAGGAGUGGAUAUCGUACGAGAACCAAACCAGCAUCGCCUGCAAGACGAGCUUCAUCAAGUCGCUUAAUCUGGGGGGCGUCAUGGUCUUCUCCCUGAAUACGGAUGAUCUGAGGAACUCUUGCCGAUUCCAGGCCACGUCGGAGGGGGACCAUAAACCUAUUUUUCCUCUGACGCAAGCGGUAAAGGGUAUCCUGGAUGGAGAAGGAACGCUGCGAGAACGCUGACCGCUGUGUCCCUCAAUGGAUUUUAGGAUCAAUUCUGUUGUGCAUUCAAUGGUGUUUCGAUUUAUUAUGAGAGAGAAGGGUUGCGGCAUGCGGAAAGCGGGAUCCUGUCCCGUCCCUCCCCCUUUAACUGCUUAUCGGACUAGAACGGAGAACGGAAACGGAAAGAGCUUUUUGUACAUAGUCAUAGACACGAUAACUUUUAUGUUUAAGUAUAAAUUAAAUUAUCACAA